UCGUGAUUUGACGAAUUACGGCGCGUCGUGCGCUUUUUUGAAUUACUGGCGGCGUCUGCUUGCGUAGCUUUAUUUACUUCUCGCUGCUUGAUUUUUUAGGACAGUUAAUAAACGGAAUGGAAACACUGUUUAGAAGCUGAGAGGCUGUAGACAAACAUGGAUAACUUACUGAAGAUUCUAGAAGAUGACCUGUCACAAUAUGACAGUCAAGAGCUACAGGCCUUGGUGACAGAGCUGACCGCAGCAGUGAGUGAAGCAGAGCAAAAGUUGGAGAUGGCACAGAGAUGUAACCAGAGUCUUGAGCAGGAUAUUCAAAGUAGAACUUUUGAAAGAAUUAAUCUAGCAAGAUUUUUAUCUGAGAAUGUGGAACUAAAUGAGGCGCUUUGUGAACUUGAAAAAAUUAGACAAUGCAAAGAGAUCUCAACACAGAAACUUCAAGAAUACUCUGAACAGUUCAGCAGCUUGGCAGAAAAUGAGAAGCUAGAGAUGAAGUCUGAGAUAAUUACCCUGGAAAAAGAGGCAGUGGCUUUAGCCGAUGAAAAGAAAAACCUCACUAUUUUAAUUGAAGAAGCAAAGCAGAACCUUUCAAUGGUUGAGUUACAGUGUGAAGCAGAAGAGGCAGAAGUAACUCGCCUGAAAAAUGAACAUCUCCAGAAAGGCACUGGACAAUCAUUCAGUAAGAUGGAAAGGGAAAUUCUGGAUGAGCGUGUGACCAAACUGUUAGACAUUAGGGAAGAUGAAGAAGGCUCGGAUAAAUAAAUAAAAAAAAAAAAAAAU